CUCUUUACCGGUCCCUUGGCUUCACCUUGGCGGUCCAUGCUGUGCGCAAAUGCGGCGCCGCGGGGCCGGCAGAGGUCUCGAGCCAGAGGACGAGAGGAUCCCGGGCUUGCAGCAGGUUCUGCACUUUGGCGCCGCAGCAGACAAACGCAGCACCAGCCACGGCCCCCCGCCGCCGCUGGCGUCUGCCAUUUGUGCCUUUCUUGGGGCCUGUGCCGCCGCGCGCCUGGGGCGCUGCGCGGUGGGCUUCGGGCGCUUCACGCCGACAGGCCUGCAGGGGCCAGAGCUCCGGACCUGGGCAGGGGAGCAUUGGCCGGCCGCUUCCGUGGACCUGCCGGGCACCGGCGAGGCGGCAGCGCGCCUGGCGGCACUGGUUGCGCCUUCUGCCGACGCGAGCCUGGUGCUGGAUGUGGCCUUUGCCUUCUUCGCCCGGCAGCCGAUCACCGCGCUGGAGGAGCCGGACGUGCGGGGCCAGCGGCCGCUGCAGGUGUUGGCGCGGCGUAAGUGCCCUGCGCUGCUGCGACUGCUUCUGGACUUUCGAGCCGAGGUCAAUGCCGCAGGGCGCCUGGACGGGCGCUGCGCCCUCCAUCAUGCGGCGCAAGCGGGGGAUGCACAGUCCGUGCGCUGGCUGCUGGCUGCGCGUGCUGACCCCCAGCGCAGGGACGAUCUGAGGAUGCUGCCGUUGGAUGUGGCGGCUCGGGUGCGCGCAGAGGAGGUCCAAGAGGCGCUGUUGGCGGCAAUGGCGCCGGCGCCAACGUGCUCUGCCGGCUGCUGCGUCACGUGAGUGGCUG